GCGUGCUGCUCCAAGGUCAAGAUGGCGGUGAGGGCACCCGUUGCAGGAGGUGGUCGCCUGUUAGACAAGAUUCGCAAAUGGUAUUAUAAUGCAGCUGGAUUCAAUAAAUUAGGAUUAAUGCGAGAUGAUACGUUGUAUGAAAAUGAUGAUGUAAAAGAAGCACUGAAGAGACUUCCAGAACAUCUUUACAAUGAAAGAAUAUUUUGCAUAAAGCGAGCGCUUGACUUAAGCCUGAAACAUCAGAUCCUUCCAAAAGACCAGUGGGUGAAGUAUGAAGAGGAUAAGCAUUAUCUUGAACCGUACCUGAAAGAAGUAAUCCGUGAAAGACUUGAAAGAGAAGCAUGGAACAAGAAAUAA